AUGUGCAAGCGCGACCUGAAGGCGCAGGCGUUCUGGCUGUCGUACACGACGUCGUUCCUGCACCUGCUCAAGCAGGAGACGAAGGGCAAGCUGGAGGGCAUGCGGCAGAUCCGGGACCCGCGGAAGAACGGCAUUCAGCUGAUGUCGGCCAACAAGCUCAUCCGCAAGAUCACCAGCAUGCCCGAGACCUCCACCGAAUACAUCAUCCUCUCCCGCCGCAUCGAAAUCUGCGGCUUCGCCUGCAAGCUCCUCCAGAUCACCCAACGGGUGUAUUCGAAUCUGCUGAAGAUCAUUACGAAGCAGCUGGAGCCGCUGCUGGUGCCGGUGGUGUUCUACCACAGCCGGAUGGCGCCCAGCCCGUUCGUGUCGGCCCACGCUCCGUCGCCGGCCACUCACCACGCGGCCCCGCUCGCCUCCCCGCGUGGCGCGGCCAGCCCCCUGCGCGACGUCGGGCGGUCCGUGUCGUCGGCCGCCGUACCCGCGCUCUCGCUGGCCCCGCCCGGGUCCAACCACCGCGCGGCGGCGGGCGCGAGCCUGCCGCGGAGCACGUCGACGCCGUCGUUCCUGUCCGGUCUGGCCCUGCCCGCGAGCGCGCACGGCGACUACAACUGCACCAAGAACGGCAACGACAUCCUGCUGGUGCUCUCCAAGAUGUUCUACAACCUCAUGUCCAACAACGUCUACUGCACCAUCGUACAGCAGUUCUUCACCCAGACGUAUCACGUGAUGGAUGCGGCGCUGUUCAAUCAUUUGAUCGACAACGCGCGCCACCUGGCCACCGUGGCGAACGCGUUGGCCGUCAAGUCGAUGCUCUCCCAGCUCACCUCCUGGCGACGGCGAGUCAAUCUCGUCCACCGCAAAUCCAAACAAUUCGCGCACAUCCGGGAGGCGGUGAACGUGCUGUCCAUCUCCAAGGCCAUGUUCCUCGAAGUCGACACCGCGCAGGCCUUCUCCCACCUCAACGACCUCCAGAUCCUCCACCUCCUCGUCUACUUCCAACCCGACGAUUUGGCGCCUGAGCCGGUGCCGGGCAAGGUGAAGCAGAAGCUGCAGGAGCGAAGCCAGCAGCACUCCAAGGACCUGUCCCUCCACAUCGACCCCACCCUCAUGUUCACCUACAAGCGCAAGAAGCCCGACACCAGGCACCACUCCAAAUGA